GGCCGUACAGAUCGCAGUGAGAGCUUCCUUCCAUUUCCAGGGUUCUAUAAAUUGAGGUUCGUCGCCGUCCACGCGGCUCAGUUCUUUGUGAGCCUUAGCAGGCGUGCGUGCGCAUGGUGAUCGGUCCAGCAGCAGCAGCAGCAUCGGUGUGCAUAGUGCUACGUUCCUAAUCGGUGUGUGCGGUUUCGCGAAACGUGCUUGACCAGAAGUGGUUCGGUGUUCAUGGUUGUUUUCGGUACACCAGCAGCAUAGAUAUGGCACUGCAGUUGUUGCUGUUGUACAUUAUUGUGGCAUUGGCAUUGGCCACCUUGGUGUGCGUGCGAUGGAAGCGACGGAAGCUGUAUGCAGCGGCGGCCACCAUGGAUGGGCCACCGUGUUUGCCACUCGUUGGUCAUGUGUAUCUAAUCUUCGGCAAAAGAAGUGGAGAAGACAUUUUGCAAGUAUUGGAUCGAUACGCUCCCAGGUAUAAGUCUCCGAUCGGUAUUUGGAUGGGACCACAGUUGAUCGUUGGCAUCAAGGACAAUCCCGAUUACUUCCAAACGGUUAUGAAUUCUCCCCACAUGCUUAACAAGAUGGACCAGUACAACUUUUUCCGGAUCAUUAAUGGUCUUUUUGCUGCUCCAGAUCACGCCUGGAAAAGUGAGAGAAAGCUGCUCAACCGAUCGUUCAGCCCGAUGAUGUUGUCCAGCUUUGUCGAUACCUUUAACGAUAAAGACUUCAUUAUGGUGGAAAACCUUCGUAAAUUUGUUGGUAACGGGGAAAUCGAUCUACAUUUGUACAUUGCUAAAUGUACCAUCGACUCUAUAUUUGGAACUGCUUUCGGUAAGGAUCUCAACACACAAGGACAUGACGGUGCCGAUGAGUAUCUGCAUUGCUUGGACACAUUUUUCUCGCUCGUGUUCAAGCGUAUGCUUCACGUAGAACGCUAUCCUGAGAAAAUCUAUCGCCUCACGAAAGACUAUGAGAGUGAAUCCCACUGUGUAAACAUCAUCAGAAGCAUGUCACUCGAUCUGAUGAAAGAGCUGAAGGAAAAAUCGAAACAGACUAAAGCUACAUCGAAGGAGGAAGCGUUCGGAAGCAAACCGGCACUUAAUUUUGCUGAAAAUCUCUUCGAACUAGCAGAGCACAAUCCUUCCUUAACUGACGACCAUAUCAAGGAUCAUGUGGAUACGAUGAUUGUUGCUGGUCACGAUACAACCGCCACUACUAUGUCGAAUUUGUUGCUCAUGCUUGCCAUGCAUCCGGAGGUGCAGGAAAUGGUCUACCAGGAGGUGAUGAGUGUGUGUCCGGACAAAACUAAACCGGUAACGAUGGAGGAUGCAAACAAUCUUGUCUACACCGAGAUGGUGUGCAAGGAAACGAUGCGCCUCUUUCCCGUGGGUCCUUUAAUUGGGAGAAAAUGCGUUGCGGACGUCAAAUUGGAUGACAAGCACACGAUUCCGGCGGGCUGCUGUGUGGCACUCGGCAUCUACCAGAUACAUCGUGACCCUUCCAUUUGGGGUCCUGAGUCGGACAAGUUCAACCCCGAUCACUUCCUUCCGGAAAAGGUAGCAGAAAGACACCCGUAUGCAUAUCUUCCGUUCAGUGGAGGACCGCGGAACUGUAUCGGUAUCCGAUAUGCCUGGCUGUCGAUGAAGAUUCUUAUUGCUCACCUCGUACGAAACUAUCGCUUUAAAACUUCGCUCAAGAUGGAGGAUCUAGCUAUUAAGUUCGCUAUUAUACUUAGAAUCACAAACGGGUGUCUUGUGUCGAUAGAGGAUCGCAGUUGUAGUCCCGUGUAAUGUCUAAAUAAUUCUACUGAAAACUGUUCAAAGUUUUCAUCCAUAAGACUUUACUAAAAUAGUUUGAUUAAGGCACAGUUCCAUGCUACAGAGCCGCAGUGUGAAAAUUCCUUGUCUACGAGUACUGGGUUCUUGAAAAGACACAUUCCGCUAAGAUAAAAUAUAAGCUAUAAAACUAUAAAGUAUGUUUCUAACUUGCACCGGUUUUGGCUCCUAAAAAAAUGUGAACUAUGCGAAAGUAUUAUAUUUAUCUUUGGUUAAGCCACUUUUUGUUUAUUAAUGAAGGACGGCCGGGCAGUAUUCCUGCAAGCUACUUUAAACAAGCAUAGAUUUUAUUGGAUAUUGCAUCUAACAAUCCAGUUCUUGAACUCGUUGCGAAAAUUCAAAACAUAUGGUGAAAAAAAUUGCUUUAAAAAAUUACAUACAUUCAAAUAAAAGUUAUCUUACUUUUUAGCAUCAGAAAUAUGGUUUUAUUAAUUCAACUCUAAUUUAUAAAAACUUUAAGCUUUAACUUUUGUUGCGUAAAUUUCAGGACCAGGAGUUUAAAUCCCAUCCAGACCGCCUUCCUGUACGAAGGGCUGACUUCUUUGCUACGGAUAAUUCAAGUCACGGAAAAUCACAAAUGGCAGGCUGAGACCUCUCGAGGUUGUAGUGCCAAUGAAGAAGAAGGUAUUGUAUAUAUUUUAUUUUUGUGUUUAGAAUUAAGGCUUAGUGCCGUAUGGUCAGCUGUUGACUUUGGAUUGGAAAAAAACCGUAACUAUUGAAGCUAUAUUACAGUGUGCUGUAAUUGUGUAAAAAUAGUACUCCUCUGCUCAUUGCACCAGGAAUAGCUCGAUCAAUCCAAACCUGUGUUUAAAUGGGAUCAUGGAUGGCACUUAUCAUUAUCGGCGCAAUUGAGAACCUACCAUCAUUGUGGUUGAGCUAUUUCUUUACAGUAUAGUGCACAGCUUUGCUGUAUACGAAGCUACAUUUAUUUUCUUAGAAAUCCCCAGAAAUAUUCAUAUGUUCACUGUAAUUCCCUGACUUGUAACCAUCUGUUAACUUAAAGAAUAUCAUUUGAGGUAAGACCCUUAUAUUAUAAUUUCCGAGGAUAACGAAUUGAUUUGUAUUAUCGUUCUCAUCUAAACACGCCGUAGAGCUUGUCACGAUUGUACCAUGCAAUACCUGCAGGAAUGCUGUCUAAAAGAAGGGACGAUCGUAAAUCCAACCACAUACUGAAUUAAAUAUAGAUUCAUGAGAAAUUAAUGUACUUUUAGAAAUUCCUCCAUUUUUAAGUUCACAAAGCUUAGGCAUAAUAGAGCACUGUAUGAAUGAGAGAAGGCGCGAGAGUAUAGUUUCGUUCAGGAAGACAGACGAAUAAAAAAAUGGCUUAGAGGUUGCGCUCUGGUGUCAAACACUCCACAGGUCCGUAAUAAAAUCCCAUUUGAACUGUUCUCCAGCACUCACAACUGAAUAUUGAGCCACAGGGCAAAACAAGCCUUGAAAACCAGAAAAGCCAUGCCAAGCCCUCGCCAUGUGUUAUUGGAAAGGAAGAAAAAAGUGAAACUCAAAUCACCAUUGAAAUUCUCUCUUGAUUGAUUGAUAAAAUUAUUACAUUUUUUCUAGAGACGUUGAUGCGUAACAGACUCAAACAUCCCCCCCCCCCCCUCGGUUGUACAAUUAAUCUCCAACGCAUAACAGUUAUCAAAUGAGUGAUUUACAUCAUUGAUGUAAUUGCUUCCAUCGUGUGAUAAGAACCGCUUCAUAGAACAAUGCAGGUUAUUAUACCUCACUCUAUCCAGCUAAUACGUAAUGUUCCUCUCUAUGUUGUUCAUGCCUAUGUAUCGAUGACUGCAUAAAAAACGAACCAGGUUCCACCAACCUCCAACAGGCAAAAAACCGUGGUUGACCGUACUUUUUAUAUGCGUUACUAUAGCUCGGUUACUUUUCGAACAAAUACCUACCAGAUACAAUGGUCACACCUCAACUUUCACGUGAUAUCUCCAACAAGCCACAGUAAAACGUAUACCUUUCUGGAUACUUUUGGUAAUGGAUAUGUAUUAAAAUGUGCCAACUAUAUCUACUGUAAAUUACGCUAAUAAUCUAUCCUAAAGCUAAGAGUGUUUUUGAUCGUAGUACUUUAUAAAUUAAACAACCGUUUCGCAAUGUGCUAGUUACAAACAAUGGAUAACGGUUGAGCUCAACACGCCAACCAUAGUAUCUAAGACAAUAAU